CAGUCCUUUGUCAUCUCUUUUCGGAAAGAAGUCUAUCCUUUCGCAGGAAUGGCAUCGACAACAAGCGCCACCGUCACUGCUCAGAUUUCGAACUUGCACAGAGCGAAUGAUCGGAGAAGAAGUUCACUCUCCUCACUCUCCUGUAAAACAAAUCCAGUCAGCAUGUGGAUUUUAUCACGGUCUGCUUGUCAAAAGAUUGGGCACAAUCAUAGAUCUGUUCGCAUUUGUGGUAUAUUUGGAGGCAAAAAGGACAAUAAUGAGAAGGGAGAUGAAGCAUCUUCAAAGGCAGGGAUUCUAGGAAACAUGCAAAAUUUAUUUGAGACUGUGAAGAAGGCACAAACGGUUGUCCAGGUUGAGGCAGUGCGAGUGCAGAACGAGCUUGCGGCAACGGAAAUUGAUGGUUAUUGUGAAGGGGAGCUAGUAAAGGUUACACUAUCUGGGAACCAGCAACCUAUACGUACUGAUAUCACUGAUGCUGCAAUGGAGUUGGGACCAGAAAAACUCUCACUUCUGGUGCACGAGGCAUAUAAGGAUGCACAUCAGAGAAGUGUUCAGGCAAUGAAGGAAAGGAUGAGUGAUCUUGCCCAAAGCUUAGGUAUGCCACCGGGCCUUGGCGAGGGAUUCAAACAAUGAUUUUCCUGCAUAUGCUGAAUCCACGAUGGACCAGUUUUGUACUGACCAGGCAAGGUGCUUGUUUGUACAAUGAACUUGAAUUGUGGUGCUUGCUGAUUUUCGUUCAUCACUAGUUGUCCAGCCAUUUAAUAACACGUUCCAUGUUCCAUCUGAAAAUGCCGCUACAUAGAAUACCACAGUAAAAGAGUGGAGAAUGUUGUUCCUUGAAAGGAUACAAUAGUAUUAGACCAGUUCCUGCUUGUGAUAAAAUGAAAUGAAAUAAUGUUUUCUUUUGAUGUUACAAUUACAAAUUUGAAUGAAUGAUAUCCUUAUCUCCUA